CAAUGAACAUCCGGCGUGGCUUACGUUGCUUUUUUGUCUAUUAAGCUCAUCGGCACGGUCAGAGGCCCGCCCGUGGGUAUGAGUGGGUUCGGUGGAUGAUCUGCUGUGUGAACCGUGUGAUACUGAGGGCAAACCUGCAGGGAGCAGGGCCUCAGCCUUCAUCAUGGCCCUCCGUUCCCAUCCGGCCGGGUUCCUACCGGCCAGAUGGUCACUGCAGGGUGACAGGAUGCUGCCAUGGUCCCGGGCCGGUUGGAUUCAAGGCAGAGGCCAAUUCUUCACGACCCAAAGGGGGAAAGAAUCAUCCCCCCAGAUGUCUCGAUCUCAGGAGCCACCGACAUCAUAAUGUCGCAGAGGGCACCUCCGUCCAGCGAUGUUCCCCCAGUGAGGCUUCUGGAUAGCCCGUCAGCCAGCCACCCGGACGCGACGAUGGGUCCAGCAUGGCACUACACGAUGCGACUACUGCAGAGGACAGUCCAGGGCCUGGCCCACCGGGUUGCGCAGAGGCCAGCAGCAGUCCCGCAGAAGCAAGCAUAUAUGGGCAGAACAGGCAGGUUACAGGUUGCAGGUUGCAGGUGCCGCCGCAGCUGGAGGGCGAAAUUGUUGGAAACCUGGCGGUGGCAGAUGUCAGACGGGCGCCUGGCACCUGCAGUGGGUGCCGCAGCUGUGAGGGACGGUCCAACCUGAGGGGAUUACAGUGCGACGGCGGAAAAUAAGGGUUUGCUACGUGUGAUGGUGGAGCCCUCAGGGGGGAGGAAGAGGGGAGGAAGAGGGGAGGCUAGUCGUCUAGUGGCAGGAUCCGCAUUGAUAGUUGGGCCAGUCGGUCGGGUGGUCGAUCAUCAUUGGCGUGGAUGCA